AAGGCUGGCAUGGCCGCCGCCGCCGCCCGGCCUGCCGCCCUCACUGUCACCAAUGCCGCCGGCUACGCCACCCUUCGCGAAAUCGAGGGCCGUCUCAAGUCGAUCCGCAACAUUGAGAAGAUCACCAAGACGAUGAAGGUCGUCGCUUCCACCAAGCUUACCCGCGCCCAGAGAGCCAUGACCGAGUCCCGCAAGUACGGCCAGACGUCCAACACCGUGUUCGAAAGCGCCGAGACGAAGCCAAUUGAGGGCGAGGGCAAACGGUCAUUGAUCAUUGUCUGCAGCUCAGACAAGGGUCUCUGCGGUGGUAUUCACUCCGGUAUGUCGAGGAAGGUCCGGAAGAUGUUGGCUGAGGCACCCGAGACGGAUCUUGCCAUCAUCGGCGAGAAGUGCAAGGCACAGCUGGGUCGUUCCAGCCCGAAGAACGUAGUGCUCAGUUUCUCUGGUGCCGGAAAGGACAUUCCUACCUUUGCCGACUCUCUCUGCAUCGCCGACCAGAUCUCGCUGCUCCCGACCGAGUACGCUUCCGUCAAGAUUGUCUACAACAAGUUCAUCAACGCUGGAAGCUACGAGGCCACCAUCCAGGAAGCCUUCUCUGAGGAGGCCAUUGCUCAGUCCGCGAACUUCUCGGCUUUCGAGAUUGAAGAUGAGGUUCUCCCCAACCUUCGCGAGUACGCUCUCGCCAACUCGCUUUUCUGGGCGCUUGCUGAGGGCCAUGCGUGCGAGCAGUCUGCGCGCCAGAACGCCAUGGACAACGCUUCGAAGAACGCUGGCGAGAUGAUCAACAAGUUCCAGAUUCUGUACAACCGAACCCGUCAAGCCGUCAUUACUGGCGAACUUGUCGAGAUUAUUACUGGUGCGGCUGCUUCCGAGGGUUAAGCAUCCUAGGGAUGAUAGACUUGAUAUCCUGAAAAUCUGGCUCGAUUUCCCCACGUGGGCUGUGUAGAAUAAGCAUCUGUUCAUAGCUCCUUUGUCACCAACCAAGUCCUUGGAAACUACUACU